AGUCGGUCUGUCGUCGUCCGUUUAAUGCGCUUCGCGUCCGCACCGCCGCCGCAGUCUCAGAUAACGCACGACGACGACACCGUCGACCGCUAUCGGCGUCUGCUCUGCUCUACAGUCUACAGCGUGGUGCACACUGCACGCUAUCGCGCUGCUCAAUCGCUAUCCGCUUCAGACGCUAGUCGCUACUGCUGCUGUCGUGACGUGCUGUCGUUCUCGUCGUUCGCCUGCUCGGUCGUGUGUCGAUACAGCACCACGUAAAAUUUCGCGUCCCGUGGCCAAUGCUAUAAUAUUGUCUGCGACUAUGUUUACGAUGUGAGUUUCUUAGUCCGCACAACGGCAACUCGACCAACGCCGUCGUCGUCACGAUGCCUUGAAAUUUAGUAUGGAAAUCUUCAAGGUGAGCUCCAAGCAUAAAGUAAAUCAUUUGACCCAUCAAUAUGGAACCAGUUGUGGAAGAAGUAAGAGACAUUACUGUUCGAAAAGUAACACGAUGGUGUUGUUCAACAAUCAUGGUAUUUGGAGGAGUAGUCCCAUACAUUCCACAAUAUCGAGAAAUAUACAUCAAACAAGAUGCAGAAGGCUUCUCAAUGUAUGUGUGCCUUGCACUUUUAGUUGCAAACACUUUGAGAAUACUAUUUUGGUUUGGUAAACGUUAUGAGCUUCCAUUACUAUUCCAAAGUAUUGUAAUGAAUAUUAUGAUGUUACUUAUGAUACACUUAUGUGUAAAAGUUCGUAACAAAACGCAGUUAAUCAGAGGACCAGACAGAUAUUUUACUGAUUUUGAUUGGCAUUACUUUUGGCAAUGGACAGACUUUCAAUCUUAUAUAGAUUUCUUAAUCGCUAUGAGUAUUUGUCUUUCCAUUAUAACAUUCAUAUUUCUGCACAAUGUUAUAUUCAUUGAAAUUAUCGGAUUUCUUGCUCUCCUAACUGAAGCCAUGUUGGGUGUUCCUCAACUAGUCAAAAACCUGAGAAAUCGUUCUACAGAAGGAAUGAGUGUUACAAUGGUAUUACUUUGGACAACAGGAGAUGCAUUUAAGACAUGUUACUUUGUAAGUCGAAAAGCUCCUCUACAAUUCUGGAUGUGUGGUACACUUCAGGUUAUGAUAGAUCUGACAAUACUUGGUCAAGUAGUCUGGUACCGUAAUGAACCACCAUAUAAAAUUCCUCGAAUAGACUGAUGUGUAAAUUGAUUAUCUCGAUAUAAUAUUUUUAAAUUUUCCAAGCUAAGAUUGUUAUCAUCAUUGUUAGAUCUUCUAUUCUCAAAUUAGACAUUGAAUGUAGUUUGUUAAUGUUUGUUUAUUUAGUGAAUUUUAUUUAUUUAUUUAUUUUUACUGUAUCAGGUUAGUUGAAUAUUCAUCGAUAUUUUAUUAAAUUUUACUAAAUGCAUCAACCUCCAUCAAUUGUAUUUGCUAUAGACUGUUAAAAAUAAGAAUAUAUUAUUAAAAAUAUUUGUAUGAUUUGAGUUUAUGAGAAUUUCUCAACCAAUAAUUAUGUGCACAAUUGUAAUUGAAACAACAUAAAUAUCAUCACAUGUUAUUUUAUAGAUUUUAGGGCAUUUACCUUCAAAAUAGUUUAUGUUAAAUAGACAGAAAUAUGUAUUGUGACUACACUAAGUAAACUAGAGACUAGAUCAAUAUAUAUUUUGUUGUAUUUAGGGGCCAUCACUCGGUCAUAUUCUUGACUUUACUACCCUAUACCUAUAAAAUAUUAGUUUAUCAAUGUAUUAGUUAUUGUAAAUAAUUUGUUGAUACUUUAUAUUGUUUCUGUGUUAUUAUUUACUUCCUUAUAUUAUAUGACAUAAACUUGUUAAAAAAAAAAAAGAAUAACAGAUUUUUUCAAUUGUACUUCUCCGUCUUUGAAUCGAUCUUAUUGUCUAGAAAUGAUUAGUCAUACUUUGUACUCGGCAUCUUUUUUAUAGUCUUCCAUGUGCACAAAUAAAUUGUAAUAUUUUAAAUAACUAUUUAACUUUGUUUGCAUUUAAUUUUAAUAACAUUGAUUUGAACAUAGUUUGCAAUAAAA